UCGGGUGGCAGUGCCGAGGAGAUAAUCAACCAACUAGACGACCAACCCUUCCAUCGUGGUCGCCAUGGCAGUAAGGAUCCGGCCCAGCAAAGUGCCCAGUUCACAGCUGAUCACAUCAAACUGGUCAAUAAUCAAUAAUGUUCACGUUAUCACGGUCUUAUCACUCCGUUAUCAGUCUGUUCAGUGCUCAAGAUAA